AUGUCAGACGGACUCUUCUCUCAAUCUCUAAUAUCAGCCGCUGUACAGAAAUCCCUGCCUGCUGGUUUUGUAAUUAGAUCACUCGCUCCUUCCGACUAUGAAAAGGGCUUCCUCACUGCCCUGUCUCAACUCACUACUGUCGGCACCAUCUCGAAGGCUCAAUUCAUUGAUCGAUACAAUUACUUGAAGAAACACAAUUACGAAUACUUUACAAUCGUCAUUGAAGAAGUAGGCAAGAAGAAAAUCGCGGCUGCUGGAACUAUCUUUGUGGAGAGAAAAUUCAUACACGAGAACAGUCUAGUAGGCCACAUUGAAGACAUUGUGACCUUGACAGACUAUCGAGGAUUGAAUCUCGGAAAGGCCAUCAUUGAAUGCUUAAAGCACAUUGGAAAGAAUGCUGGUUGCUACAAGAUCAUCUUGGACUGCAGCGAAAAGAACAUACCCUUCUACAACAAGUGCGGCUUUGUCCAAAAAGAAUACGAAAUGGCAUGGUAUGUGGAUGAGAACGACUCCACAAAGAAAUCCAAGCUGUGA